AUGUCACCUCUGGAUCCCUUCAGAGCAGUGCUAAAGCACUACUGGGAUCUCGGUCUGACGUCCUGCGGAGGUCCAGCGGUGCACGUUAUCAUCCUUCGGAAACGGUUUGUCGAAUCUCUCAAAUGGCUAGAUGAACAAACGUUUCUAGAUCUCUUUGCUCUGGGAAACGCUCUUCCUGGACCUGGUUCGACUCAAUUGGCAUUUUCCAUAGCAGUCAUCACUCAUGGUGUCUUUCCUGGAGUAUUCGCCUUCUUUCUCUGGUCUAUCCCCGGAGCGAUCGGUAUGGCAGGUAUAGGCGCUGGCGUAUCGAGAAUCCCUUCCGAGUUACCUGGGAUCGUCUUGGCCUUUUUGACAGGUUUGAACGCCGCGGCGGUAGGUCUGAUCGCUCUCGCGGCUUGGCAACUCGGUUCAGCCGCCAGCACAGAUAGGUUAUCGACGUUACUCGUUUGGCUCGGAGCUUCGUUUGGAAUAUGCUAUCAUGCGCCUUGGAUGUAUCCCGUGUUGAUCGUCGCUGGAGGUUUAGCGACCCUGAUAUGGGAUCAUAGGCGGCGGAUCAGGGCGAGCGUGAAGAGAGUGGUGAUUGGAGAGAGAAGGGAUCGUAGGACGAGACCGAGAGGAAACAGGGAGGAAUCAGGGAUGGAGUUGAGGCCGAGGGAGACCUCGACCGCGAGAGAUGGUGGCCAAGAGGGUGAAGAAGAAGAAGUGGCGGAACCACCAUCAAGACAGAGUAGUGCAAGGGGAGAUCAUCAGCCUUCUGGCAAUAGUAUUGCAGAAUCUCAGGCAUCACCCACGGCACCACCUAUGGACCCGACGGAAGCUGGACGACUCGAUGUCGUCUCCACUCGGACUGCAUGCCUCAUCAUUUUUGGGUUCGUCCUACUGCUCACUGGUCCAUUAGCAGCCAGAGCUGGGCUGAGGAAUGCAGGCAAAGCAGUACCCAGAGGUCUCGAUUUCUUUGGCAAUAUGCUCAUUGCCGGUACGAUCAUCUUUGGAGGUGGACCCGUUGUGAUUCCUCUACUGAGAGAUUAUGUCGUGGCGGAAGGAUGGGUCAGCUCGAGAGACUUUCUAUUGGUCUUUGCGAUCCUGCAAGCCUUCCCAGGACCCAAUUUCAACUACGCCGUUGCCCUUGGCGUUCUCGCCAACCCUUCGAACCGUGCGCUCGGUGCGCUCCUAGGAUAUCUUGGGAUCUUCUCACCUGGAAUCAUUCUGAAACUGGGUCUCCUCCCACUCUACGCCUCGUGGAGAGGAAAACCGAUAUCUCGAUCGAUCCUACGCGGUCUCAAUUCCGUCGCUUCGGGUCUGGUCUUCACAGCCGUUUGGCAGUUGUUCCUCAUCGGGUAUAUUUACACCUCUCCAAGUGGCCGUGACCAGGGAGGCGAAACCGGUGGACAGGGACAGGGACAGGGACAAGGUAGACAGACCGUUUCAGGUCCAUUGACCCUCGAUCCAUUUUGGGCCGUCGUCAGUUCUGGCGCUUUGGUAGCUUGUAAAUGGUUCGCGGCGCCACCUUGGCUAAGUAUCAUAUUGGGCGCUUUGGCAGGUUUGGCAUGGCACGGUGUUCAAGUGAAGUAG